UAGGUGUUAGUCGUCGUUUGCUUGCACGCGCCGCCAACCGCUGGUGCCAGUGUCGGCGAUCCUUCCUCGUGUAACUUCACUUCUUACGUCCUUUGUUGGUAGGCGGAGACUGCUCACCAGCUUGCCAUCCUUUUGCGCUUGGCGAGCAAAGUCGAACAAGAACAUACUAAUCAGCCACCGCCUUCUUCACGGGCCUUUCCUUCUUUAGAACUGGCUAGAAAACUGGACCCGCAACACCUUGCCGGAGCCCGAUUGCCCUUCUGUUGCCGUCCGCAAAUGCACGCACAACUCCACAAGAAGCGUAUGCAGCAACGACGAGGAACAACGCCGCUUCCCCUCCUUUCCGCUCGACAGUCGCGACGAUGAUCGCUAACAAGCGGUUCGCCUUCUUGACGGCCGUGGCCUUUGGCAUCUUGCUGCUUCCGUUUCUCUUUGGAUACCACUUUACAAAGAUCAAAGACGUUUCAUUAAGCUACAUCAAACAUGCCUCGCGAUCAAGAGCCUUCCAUCUGCUUCUUCCUGCAACGGGGCCGAAUUUGCACUUUUGUCGACUUCUGUUAUCAGCAGCAGUGACUGGCUAUCCCGAACCCAUCUUCAUCGGUUGGGAUGGACGAGGAAUGUACAAUGGCUCCGAGUCGCAUUUGUUCAAGAUCACAGAGACCUUGACCUACCUGCGCUCUCUGCCUCCAAGUGCCGACAAUGAUCUGGUUUUAUUACUCGACGCGUACGACAUCUGGCUUCAAUUGCGACCAGAGGUCAUGAUUGAGAGGUACCACAGCGUGAUUAAACAAAAUGACGAGCGCUUAAGGCAACAAGGGUUGCUUGGCAAAUAUCACGGAGGUGACUACGUUCGAAACUCCAUCGUCGUGGGACCGGAUAAGAUCUUCUGGCCGCAAGGAAUCGAUGAUCCCGCGAGUUGGGCAGUGCCGGAGUCACCUUUGCCGAAGGACUCGUUUGGUCCUGCCACCGAUGUUAUCAUGCUUACUGCCAGACCAAGAUGGCUGAAUAGUGGUACAAUCAUGGGACCAGUAGGUGACCUUCGAGACUACUUCGCGGCCACACUGGACAUGGUCAGCCGAAGGUACGAUUCGAACUAUGAGUUCCGAAAUAGCGAUCAACUCUACUUUGCCGAAGUGUGGGCUGAGCAGGAAAUCCAGAGAAGGCGUCUACGUGAUGGGGACUUUAAAGCACCAGAAGUGCUUGAGGGCGUGAAGGGUAUCAUGCCUGAGAUCCCCAAGGGCCGAAGAACGGAGUAUCAUAUUUGCCUCGACUACAGGACAGAGAUGUUCCAAACAGCAGCUGCAUUUGAGAAGCACCUUACCUGGAUGCGCUUCAAUCUGACGAGCGAAACGUACCCAGACAUUCCGCAAGACGAUCGAUUCGGAGGAGGUGAAGUGGCCGACGGAUGGGUCAAAGACAUUCGCAUCGACAAAAUCAAACUCACCGACGACAUUCUCGAGACGGAUCCUCCUUUCGCCGCAGCAGAUGAACCCACAGACAUGCCUAAGAACCAAUCGUGGACCGAGACCAAUCUGGGCACCAACCUCGUCACGAAAGAAGCUUUCCCUCUCUUCCACGUCACAGGCGACAAAGGUAUCCGAGACCGCUGGUGGCCGCGAAUGUGGUUCCACCCGUACGGCGAAGAGCUCCUGAAAGCCACGAAAAAGAAAGAGCAUGUAUUAAGCAGCGGGACCACAGGUAAGCAGAGUGGGCUCCGAAAAGGACAAUUCGUCUUCGCGAAAGCUGCCGGGACGAAUUGGCGAGGUGCUGUUCCUGUCGUUACGCACGCGAGACCGCAGCUGGAAGAUGAGAAGGGUGGAGCUUGGGUGGACAACGGAGAUUAUGUGCCGUGGAAUGCCAUGUGUGGUGCCUAUGAGGGUGAAGACCUUUACAUUGGACCUGAGCUGGCGGGGAAGGACAAUCCGCCUCCGCCGGAGCCUGAAGAGGAGGGAGAGGAGGGCACUGAGGAACAGGCUGAAGAACAGGCUCGAAGAUGAACUUUGUAUAACGCGGCAUGAGCGGUUGGCGUUGGAAACUCUUUUUUUUUUGACUUUCGUUGCAUAGCGGAGGGCAUGUAUGGCAAACAGAGCGCAUGUGUAUGGCGUAGAAGUGUGCAGUGUAGAGCUUGACGGCUGCCUUCAUUGGCGUGGUAAGAUACCCGCAUGUUCAGGUUAAUAUCGUCAUCUCUGUUCCAAGCUUCCUGGUGCGGACCAUGUGCGCAUGGUGAUGAGCUGCUCUUCCAGCACUUCUAUCAGAGCUGGAGCCGCAGGGAGCGCAGCCGGCCUGUAGCUGAUGUCGACGUACUUACAUCCCGCUUGCUUCCCAAAAGCUCUUGUGUCAUAUCAUAUCAUCGUUAUCA